AUGGCUUCACCUUUAGAACAAUUUGUAAACAAUGUCAGGACUAUGUCGGCAUCAGGAUCUUUCCGUGAGCUAUGUGAUGUCAUUGCCAAGUCAGACGAAGUAUUACAACGCAACAGUGCACACCUUAGUACAGUCCUCGAAACCCUUGAUAUUCAACAGCAUUCUCUGGGUGUCUUAGCAGUACUUGUUGCAAAAUUUACUGUUCAACAGGGAGCUACUGAUGUUGAUAAGUCUACGAUGUAUCAACAAAUCCAUGAUUUCAUAACAAACUGCAAUGGAGAACAAGUGCGGUUCUCACCAGAAUUAUACACAGAAUUAUGUCACCAACUUACAAAUUAUCUUAUUGAAAUAAAACAACCAAUCAGAGGCAUAGAAAUUCUAAAGAAAGCAAUUAGAAAGAUCCAGUUAUUUGAUUCUCACCUCACCUCAAUUCAUGCAGAUUUAUGUCAACUUUGCUUACUCUCCAAAUGUAUGAAGCCAGCUUUAGAAUUCUUGGAUACAGAUAUUACUGGGAUAGGUUCUGAGCUAGGUGGCAACAAUGAUUCUAAACAUUUUCUCCUCUAUUACUACUAUGGAGGUAUGAUCUACACUGCAAUGAAGAACUAUGAAAGAGCUCUCUACUUCUUUGAAGUAGUUGUAACUGUCCCUGCAUUGGUUGUUUCACAUAUUAUGUUGGAAGCUUACAAAAAAUACAUUUUAGUGACAUUUAUUCUGCAUGGAAAGGUAUUACCAAUGCCGAAAUACACCUCACAAGUGGUGUGCCGUUUUCUAAAGCCAUUGUCAGCAGCUUAUUAUGAAUUGGCCACUUCUCCUCACGCUGCCGUAAAGCACCGCGAGAUAUUUGUUCGAGAUAAAAAUAUGGGUUUAGUCAAUCAGGUGUUAAGUUCAAUGUACAAGAAGAACAUUCAAAGGCUUACAAAGACAUUCUUAACGCUAUCUCUGAGUGACGUCGCGGCUCGUGUACAGCUGUCAGGCCCUGCACAAGCGGAGAGUUACAUACUCAAUAUGAUUGAAGAAGGCGAAAUUUACGCAAUGAUAAACCAGAAAGAUGGAAUGGUGGUGUUUCUGGAUAGCCCUGAAAAGUAUGCAUCGCCUGAAACAUUGUGUGUGCUAGAACAACAAAUGGCAAUUUGUACGAAACUACACCAAUAUAUUCAAGAGAUGGAUGAACAAAUUCAAGUUAACCCACAGUAUGUCAAGAAAUCUGUAGGAAGCCAUGAUGAAGAUAUGCCAGCUACAAGCCAGAAUUCAAAGACUACUUACUCAAUGUAA